CGCUGAACACUAUAAGUUUACUAUUUUCUUCAAUAUACACACGUAUGAAAUUUAAAAAAAAUGUAUAUAUAUUUUAAUGUUUUCUGAAAUUUUCUCAGUCACUUAAAAAUUCAAUCUAAUAUUCUCUCUAUUCUCCUCACUUGGAAUCUUUCAGGAUAUUUUUGUACGAGGAAUAUUUUUUGCAUUUUUGUAAAUGAACUGCUGUUGUGAAGUUUGUUGCAUUGUGGAACAUGAUGUGUGGCGAUAAAGACGAAGCCACCCAAGUGGACAGUUUUAUUGUUGAUUAUUUUAGCGAUUUUUGAUUAGAUCUUGAUAAGACUUCGUCAAGAAAUUUUUAAUUAUCUCUUGCCCCUUGCUGAAUUAAGUAAUCCACUAAACAAUUAAUUUUGGGUAAAUGUAUCACAAAAAUAAGAUUAUAACUUUAUUUUAAAACCUUUUUUGUGAGACUUGGGAUAAAAAAAUAUGUUUUAAAGGCUACCACGGCGACAUGACAAAAGCCCUUCGAGUGCAUGAAUUUUAGGCACGCUGACAGAUGAUUCACAAAGUAGCCAAUAGCAGCCCGGUAUUCGUGCCCCCUAUUUACGUAUAAUUACCGAAAAGCUGGCGAGCUAACGAAGUGUGUAUUUUAGUGAGCAUAAACGCGAUGGCCAGUAUUCAAAUAUUAGUUUGUAAUCCCUUGGGGGUUAUAGCUUGCCGCUUGGAUUCAUGAACCUGGACCAAACUAGGGCAAUAUUUACGCUCGCAUUGAAGGACUUUGAGCCGGGUUGAAUUGGAGGCACAAUGGAAGUACACGACAAGUGAAUCGAACGCGAAUGAGUUCCUUUACGCUAGCUGCUUCUUUUGCAAAAAUUUAUGGAAGGUUUGAGCCGAACUAAACGGAUGUUCAUUUUGCUUGUUUUGAUGUGUAUUGUGCUUUCAUAUUUCAUAUAUGAUUCUCGUUGGAGAUCGGAGAAUCUUGUCCGCUCUCAAACACAUCGAUCUAGAUUUCCUGUUCGGAAACCAGACCUCUGGUCCACCACCACAAUUCCUUCGUUAACUCGUCACAUAAUAUCAACAAGUUCGUCAAUUAUUGCAUCGGAGGAUACACAGGUUCUACGUAGAGUUCAGGGAAAUGGAAAUGAUAACACUGGAUCGUUCGUGCGCAAAGAUAAGGAAUUACUCGAGAACUCAACUCACACUCUACGUGUUGACAGCACGGAUAAAAUAGGGUCGAUAGAGUUCAACGCCAAAUCUCGCAAAGCGGCAAAUAGCAACGAGAACAAAAUCGCAAAAAAUAGCGUUGGAGAUCCUACAAGCAGUGAGAAAUCGAGGAAAAGAAGGCUUCCGAAUGCUAUAAUUAUCGGGGUCAAGAAAGGAGGCACUCGAGCUCUGCUGGAAAUCUUGAAAAUUCAUCCUGAUGUUCGCGCUUGUAAUACUGAGGUACAUUUCUUCGAUCGCGAGCAGAAUUACAAACGAGGAUUAGAGUGGUAUCGCAGCCAGAUGCCUUUAUCGUUUUCACACCAGAUAACCCUAGAGAAAUCGCCGGCUUAUUUCGUUACGAAUGCGGUUCCUGGGCGCGUGAAGAAAAUGUCCAAAAGCGUGAAACUUAUCGUGGUAGUUCGUGAUCCUACACGCCGUGCUAUUUCUGAUUACACGCAAUCGAUGGUGAAAAAACCUUUUAUCCAAUCGUUCCAAAGCUUCGCAAUAAAGGAUUUGAAAGCAGGAGUGGUGAAGGAAAACUGGAGAAAACUGCAAAUUGGAUUAUACGACGUUCAUUUGGAGAAAUGGCUAGAGCAUUUUCCGCUCGAGCAAUUCCAUUUUGUAAGCGGCGAGGAACUAAUAAAAAAUCCCGCGUCCGAAAUAGAACAAUUAGAAAAGUUUCUUAACCUGCGCCCUUACAUAAACGAAGACAACUUUGUGUUCAAUGAAACCAAAGGGUUUUACUGCCUGCUCGGGAAGAAAUCAGACCAUGGGAGAAAAGAUAAACCGAAUUGUAUGGGGAAGACAAAAGGUCGAACGCAUCCAUCUAUUCCUGGCGAUGUUCUACAUAUUUUGCACGACUACUAUAGACCUCACAAUUUGAAGUUCUACAAGAUGGUCAAUCGUGACUUUGAAUGGCCGUAGACUGGGGUCACGCAUAAACUAGGCUUCUCAGGGUAGUUAAUCGUUUCGAAGUGUUGAAAAUGCGAUGAAAGACGAGUAGAGAUAGGGGCAUAAGGGCGCGAGCCACAA